GCUACGUCUGUGAAGCCCAAAGCAAACGGAAACUGAGUUGUUUCGUGCCACAACAAUUGCAAAUUUCUAACAAAUGGAGGUGCCAGUGAGAGCGGUGGGCAAGAGCACGAGCUGUCGCGGGGUGGCAUUCGAGAGCAACUGCGACAGACUCAGGCUAACAGCCCCACCAUCGUUUUCUCAGAACGGCCAAAGUGGGAGAUGGGUCUGGAUUCCAAGGAGCCAGAGUAAAGUUUUCUCCAACGUCAUUCCAUUCGACAAUUAUCUUGAAAGGACAAUGAGUCGAUCAAGCAGUCACUUCUGCGACUUGGAUUUCACUGAUGUAGCUGUCGCCGAUGAGGAGAAUCGAUUGCAAGAGUUGGUAGAGAAUGAAGAGCCCUGCCAAUUGGAGAAGCAGAACAAAGUUGGUGAUGUUGAAAAGCAGGAUCAAACACCUAAGGCCAAACCAGCAAAGCCAGGGAAAGUAUCAAGAUUAUCUAUUAUACUUUUAGACCAAGGUCUCUUCACAGUCUACAAGCGUCUUUUCAUGGUUUCCUUGACGUUAAAUAUACUUGCUCUGAUCCUUUCAGCCACGGGACAUUUCCCAUAUGGCAAGCGCAACCCAGCUCUCUUUGCCAUUGGCAACAUUCUUGCUUUGAGCCUGUGCAGAAGUGAAGCCUUUUUACGGGUGGUUUUUUGGCUGGCAGUGAAAUUAUUUGGCAGGCAAUGGGUUCCUCUAUUUCUCAAAACUGCGAUCACAUCAUUUCUCCAGAGCGUUGGAGGAAUUCACAGUGGCUGUGGUGUCUCCUCUAUAGCUUGGCUAGUUUACGCCAUUGUAUUGUCGUUUAAAGACAGGGAAAACAAUCCAACAGAGAUCAUAGCUGUUGCCUCCACUAUUUUGUCCUUGCUUUGCGUCUCUUCCUUGGCAGCCUUCCCUCUUGUCCGCCAUUUGCAUCACAAUGUGUUUGAAAGAACUCAUCGUUUCGCUGGUUGGACUGCUCUAGGCCUCCUGUGGAUCUUCGUGGUUCUGACAACCAGCUAUAAUCCCAAUUCAAAAACCUAUGUUGAUUUUUGCGGUUCACAUUUUUACAAAAAGCAAGAAUUCUGGUUCACUCUGGUCAUUACUGCAAUAAUAUUUCUGCCUUGGCUAACGGUGAGCCGGGUUCCUGUCAAGGUUUCAUCAACUUCAAGUCAUGCGUCCAUUAUCAAAUUUGAAGGUGGAGUUCAAGCAGGCUUAUUAGGUAGAAUUAGCCCGUCGCCGCUAUCAGAGUGGCAUGCUUUUGGAAUUAUAUCAAAUGGAGAAAAAGAACAUAUGAUGUUGGCAGGUGCAGUUGGUGACUUCACCAAGUCCUUGGUCUCAAAUCCUCCAAACUACCUGUGGAUUCGAAAAUUACACUUUGCAGGCCUGCCCUAUCUCAUAAACUUGUACAAAAAGGUCCUGAUGGUUGCUACAGGGUCAGGCAUUUGUGUCUUCCUAUCCUUUCUGUUGCAACCAUCUUCAGCUGAUGUGUGUUUACUGUGGGUGGCCAAGGGAAUAGAGGAGAACUUUGGGAAGGAAAUUAUGGACAUGGUAAGUGGGUAUUCAAAGGACAAAAUUAUUGUCCAUGACACAGCUGUACUGGGUCGUCCAAGUGUGGCGAAGAUGAGCGUGGAGGCAGCUAAAAAUUGGGGAGCCGAAGUUGUCAUUGUUACUAGCAAUCCAGAAGGAAGCAGGGAUGUUGUUAGUGCAUGCAAGGCUUCAGGAAUUCCAGCCUUUGGCCCUAUAUGGGAUUCCUAGAGGUGCUGCGUGCAUCUUUCAGUUUGUGUAAGGUCCCCUUCUUUAUAAGUAAUCAAUAAAAAGAAAUAGUAUACCAUAUAUGCCUUUAGAA